AGUCCACACUCUCCAAGCACAGACAGAACACUCAUGCUACGUCAGUGAGGUUCUGGGAUAGAAUCAAUUGACACGAUGAAACCUGUACUCACAGCCUCAAAGCAGAGGUCAUUACAGGUCGUAGUGAGGGUGCGGCCAUUGAACAAUAGGGAUAUUGGCAGGAGCAGGCACGACAUUGUUCGUGUACUGGAUGACAAGGUGAUGCUUGCGCACCCACGCUGUCAAAGUUUCCUUACUGCAUUCUAUUGACCUGCUAAUCACUUACAGACAGUCAUUGUGUUGGAUCCGGACUUGGACAAGCAAUAUCUCGAUAAGAUUCAACACAGAACCAAAGAGAAGCACUUCUCGUUUGACAGGGCUUUUGACGGCGUUUCGUCCAAUCUGGAAAUCUACGCUUACACGGUUCAGCCACUGAUCAAGGGCCUUACAGAGGGUCUGAAUGCGACCGUAAGUUUUGAAAGUCUAUUCGCAUGGCAAUUCGCCAAGUGCUAACACGUACGUCUGAUGACAGGUCUUCGCCUAUGGUGCAACUGGAAGGUGAGAAAACUAACGACUUCUGUCUUUCGCCCAGCUCCUUGAAAAUGCUAACGCUAGUAUGCUGCAGCGGAAAGACAUGGUCGAUGGUUGGCAAUGACGAAGAUCCGGGACUCAUGGUGCUUGGUUUCAAUGACAUCUUCAAUUUUGUGAAUGGCAUGCAAGUUAGCACAGACGAGAGCGUUGACAUUUCGUGCUCAUACCUUGAAAUUUACAAUGAGAUCAUAUAUGACCUCUUGGUGGAAUCAUCUGGAAGCUUGGAGUUGAGAGAAGAUCCUGGCCAAGGAGUUUCUGUUGCUGGUUUAAAGCGUGUUAAGGUAAUGACAGCACGCACGUUUAGGCCUCAAGCUUCUUGUAAUCACAAGUUUUGCAGGUUCAAUCGGCAGGAAAGAUAUUGGACUUGUUGAGACAGGGGAAUCUUCGGCGCAAAACUGAGAGUACGGAUGCCAACCUGACAUCAUCAAGGUACUGAUCUCAAAUUGUCAAGCCGCACAUAGCUUGUGCCCAAUUAACACGAGUUUGGGUCGUUCAGGUCCCAUGCUGUCCUACAAAUUGAUGUUAAGAGAGUGGUCUCGUCGCACUCAGCCGAACGCGUUAUGGGAGCGAAGCUGUGCUUGGUGGAUUUGGCUGGAAGGUAUGGAUCGGGCUCUUCCAUUCCAUGUCAUCUUGCGCACGAGUAUUGACACACGUUACAGUGAACGAGCUUCAGAGACUAACAACAUGGGACAACAAUUAAGGGAUGGUGCGAACAUUAACAAGUCUCUUCUUGCACUUUCCAACUGCAUCAACGCACUCUGCCAGCAACAGAAGCGAGGGGUCGGAUACGUUCCUUACAGAAACAGGUACUUUCGGGAUUGAGACAUGCAGGCAUUUGGCUCAAAUCUGAACAAAUUUAUGUGGUUCUGUGCAGCAAGCUGACAAGAUUGUUGAAAGAUGGCCUUAGUGGCAAUUCACGGACUACAAUGGUGGCUACAAUAUGUCCUGCUGCUGAUCAAUAUCAUCACAUCAUCAACACUCUGAAAUAUGCUGACCGUGCGAAAGAGAUCAAGACACGUCUCAGGGUAAGUCUGGCAUGUGCUGCCCUUUCGUUCCACGCUCAAGUUGGCUAACUUGUAACAAUUACAGACCAAUGUGCGAACUGUGGACUCUCAGUCAGCCGACUACCUGAAGAUGAUUGAGAAGCUUCAGGACAUCAGCAAGAAUGAGGCAGAACGUGAGCUUCUUCAGCAACGGCUGGACUCGUUUGUCAGUAACAAUGAGAAAUCCUCAUUUCUGCACAUCCUUCACCAGUUCCGAUUCUUGAGUGUGGCAAUGACAGAGGUGCAAUUCCAACUGGCUCUAAGAGAUCAGCUGAUAGAAGAGAAAUCCUCAGCAUUGAACAGCCUCUGGAUGCUACUUCAAGCUUCAGACGUUGACAUUGAGGAGUUGCUUGAUGUAGCUGUUCAGAAGGGUGUUCCUCUGGAUAGCUCGCUGUCAUCCUACAUUGAUAUGAAGCUGAAGGAAGCUAUCACUACUCCAAACGGGAGUCCAAGAUUUGCACAAUCAGUUAUCAGAGCUGCAACACGCACUGUCCAUUCAAGAUUAAAUCGGGCCAAUACUGAUCCAGCGGGUUCACUAUCGCGUCCAGACAUGUCAUUUGGUUCGGAUGAUACUGGGGAAGUUGCUGACUGCCCAGAUGAAAGGGAAGAGGAGUUGCACUUGCACGCGGGGAAUGUGCCUGCAAAUCAAGAAGCAACAGAUAGGGGCACGCCAGAUCAAGUGGAAGAUGUUGUUUCUCAACUUCCUGAGCUAAAUGCAGGGGGGAGUGUAGCUGCUAUCAUCUGUGAAGCAAUGUCAGCCGGCAUGCUUUCAACGCCCAAGGCAGUAGGCUGCCUCAAUUCAGAUGCGGAUUUGAUUGCCGAGGCUGAAGCGUUUGCCUAUCCAUCUGGAAACACUGUUCUGCAAGGAUCACCUGACUCGCCCUCUUCCAAAGCUCGUGCCAAGGAUGAUGCCCACGCCUCAACAUACAGCCCCAAAACAAGCUCUCCACGAAAACGCUGGCAGGGGCAGUCAAGUAUGUCAUCCAGUCCGAAUUCACCAGCAAGACGCGCUGGCUUGCCUGCUACGGGUCCGAGGCGGCCAGUGCCAAAAGAACGGAAAAUCAGCACUUACCACAAGAAGUGUUUUUGCAGCCACCAUGAAAAGGAUGAAGUAAAAACGUAGCUGUACCUUCGGUCCAUAUCUGGUGUAGCAUUUUAAGUUGUUCAGCCAUGAUCUCGUCAGCAAGAUUGUUGUAUUAUGUCAUUCCAAUACAUGCUGCAGGGAGGA